AUGCGACUUGGCGCCUGGCGAAUCUUCACGCAGCGCGUCGUAUUUCCUUCUUCGACCAGCGCAAGGGACUCGAACAACAGCCGGACCCGCUUUACAAGCCCAUUGUCUCGAUCGCACGUAACGUUUGUACGCCCAUUUCCGCCCUGGGACGACUACCCCGAUACCCGUGUCAACGAAGAGGGAAGAAUGGGGAAGUGGAACUACUACGGAGUGAAGGUCGGGCGCAAACCGGGCAUCUACACGGAUUGGCCGAACACAGAGGCGCAAGUCAAGGGCUACAGUGGUGGACUACAACAGGGCUUCAAAACUCGAACGGAGGCUGAGGAAUACGUCUACGGCCCCAAUGGACGUUCUAGUGCACCCAUAAGCCUACGAGGAGAUCUUUCUGCAUCUGGGUCCCCAUCGGCGACAGGCAAUCCGGCCAGGAGUAGAGAGAUAUCAGAGAGUGCGCCAAAGCGACAAAAGAAGGAGAACGCACCACCGGCAUUGAUUCCAGAUCACCAGGAAGUCAAGAUCGAGCCCGGGUACGGCCCCCUUCCACCAGACGCAGUAGACGGUUUCGACCCGAAUAUCAAGCUCGACGAGCUAACAGGCAGGAUCAGAGAGAAGACUGAGGAGGAACUUGGCAAGAGGAAGAGACAGCCGACCAGAGACUCCAAAAGCCCCGUUGUGGUAUACACCGACGGCGGUUCGCGAGGCAAUGGUAAUGCUGGCGCCAAAGCUGGUUGCGGUGUCUACUUCGGCCCACAAGAUCCCAGGAACGUUAAAGAACCUCUAAGGGGCGAUCUGCAGACCAAUAACCGCGCCGAAUUAGUCGCAAUUUCUCGUGCGAUCGACCACGUUCCCAUCGACCGCGACAUGGAGAUCAUCAGCGACUCCCGAUAUUCUCGCGACUGCCUCACACAAUGGGUCCCAGGUUGGGAGAAGAAGGGCUGGAAGAAUUCUCAUGGCAAAGAUGUCAUGAACAAGGAAAUCAUACAACCCAUCCUGGCGAGGAUACGAGAACGAGAAAAGGCUGGUGCGAAGACCAAGAUCACCUGGGUCAAGGCCCACGACGUCAAUCCAGGCAACAUCGCAGCCGAUAAUUUCGCAAACCAAGCUAUGGACAAUUGGACUGUCGAUCUUGCGUCCGGGAACACAUUUGACAUGUCAGAAACCUUGCGGACGAAGUACAGGAAUCCCAACGAUCCACCAUCGCCGAAGCAAGAGUAUGAUGUGGAGGAAAUGGAGGGGUAUUUGCGCCAGCUUGCAGAUGAGGACCUGAAUGGACUCAGUGAUUAUCCUUCAGCUGAAGCCGUUAAUCAGCCUUCGAUUGACGUCGAUCAAGCUGCUGCUGCUUCGGCACAGGACGUCGACGACGUGUUUGCUGACCAUCCAGCGUUCGCAUCGAGGACCAAUGGAGAGGAGAAGGAGACGGAACGGGAAGUCGCAUACUAG